AUGUGGUUUAAAAAAAUUGUGGCAGAAACUCCUCAAGAAAUACCAUUUCUUAAUAUUCUUCAGCAUUUAUUACGGGUUGAUUAUUCACUUCCCAUAUCAGAUAUUAUAUGGGACACUGCAGAGACUUUGGUUCAUCGAGCAACUUUAUUGGAAAGUAAAGAAGAUUCGGAGAAGUUAUUGCGUUCACCGAACUCUUAUCACAGUCUUAAUAAGUUGAGAAUAACUGAAAUUAAAUGUCAAUGUUCGUGCCAUAGGAAUGAAGAUUCUGAAGGAAGAACGCGAAGACGAACACCGAUUCAACUUAAUUUUGGAGAUGGAACUAGAACUCCCGGUAUAUUAUCGCCAACAGGUUCUGUCAGUCAAAUCGAUUUCGCUUCACCUAGAUCGAAUGUUACCUCACCGCCACCGCCGCCGCCACCUCCCCCUCCUCCUAUUGCUCCUAUUGUUUCGACUUCUGUUCCCCCGCCACCACCACCUUUACCGCCAUCUCUGACAUCUUUUUCUCCGCCACCACCGCCACCACCGCCGCCACCACCUCCUCCGCCUCUUCCAAAUGGAUGCGGUCCUCCUCCCCCUCCUCCACCUCCUCCGCCACCACUUUUUGGUAGCACUCCUCCUCCUCCACGUUCUUUAUCUUCUAGCCCUCAACCUUCCGAAAUGGACAUUAAACUCCCUCAACAGGAAACUCCAAAACCGAAAAGUAAAAUGAAAACUCUUAAUUGGAAUAAAAUUCCCGCUCACAAAAUUGUUGGAAAGAAUAACCUAUGGUCAAUCGUCGCUAAAACUCACAAUGGUAGUCCAAACGAUCUAGAUUUUGUUACAAUGGAAGGGUUAUUUUGCCAACAGAGCAAUAUGGUUAACGGUCAAGCUUCUCCCCAAUUAAGGAAAAGAGAAACGGGAGAUUACGUCGAUCGAAAGAAAAGAGAAUCGCUAGAAAUAACGUUACUGGAUGGAAAAAGAAGUUUAAAUGUAAACAUAUUUCUUAAACAAUUCAGAAGGUAAAUAUUCAUUAAAGUCUUGAUUAAAAUAUUUAUGAUAACCUUUGCUCGCAUACAUCUUAGCAACAUUUCACUUUCGUGCUCACGAUG